AGCGUGGGCUCGCGGGUGAGAGCUGCCUUGGCGAUGGCUUUCAGGCUAUGCUCUCUUUCCCGGCGGUUUGCUGCGCACGCACAGCAGGUGCUGCGGAAGGAGGCUGGCUUUGAGUUCCGCGCAAGCUGCAUCGCCAUUACCGCUGGCAUCUCUGCUGGAUGGUGGAUGCAGCAGGCAGCGCGGGCGGAGGGCAUUUGGACUCCGCACCUGGGCGAGGAGGCCAAGUUGUUGAACCUCCAGCGCGAGAUGGCGCUGAGAGACAGACACGACAAGCAAUUUGUGUGGCAGACCUGCAGUGGCCAGGGCAAAAUUGAGGACUGCCGCAUAUAUCACUGCAAGCGAGAAGAAGUUGAUCGUGAGGUUUCGCUGGACGCGCCGGAAAUGGUGGAGGGCAAAACACGGAUUUGUGCAGUGAUGCGCGUUGGCGACGAGCUGAACGGCCAUCCUGGGCUUUUGCAUGGCGGCUUCACUGCCGCCGUGCUGGACGAUUUCACAGGCCUGGCGACCUGGCAGCUCGGCAAACGGAGGCAUUCGGAAGCGCUUCCGCCGACGUGGGUUGGCGGCAAGGCGCGGCUGGGCCGACAGUGAAAUGUAUACCCACCUAAGGGGUUUUCAUGUAAGAUUGCACCAUAUUGCACCAAUGAAGUGUCUGAUGCCCAUGGGGUGCACUGAGGAUGGAGAAGCAAGCGCAGGCGCUGGACAAGGAUGCGGCCAUUUUCACCGCUCACAUGGAUCUCAGCUAUCGGCGACCCCUGAAGGCGAAGUCGGAGUACUUGGUUGAGGUUUGCGUUGACCGUGUUGAGCGGCAAAAGAAGGUCUUUCUGAAUGCUGCCAUCUAUGACAAGGACAGCCAUGCCUGCGUCAAAGCAAAGGUGUUGUACAUCGUCAAAAAGAAGUGAAUGCCAUCAAUGCCUGGCCUCGAUUGGCCUCCUGGCUCUGCCUCGGCUCGCUCAAGAUGGCGGUCUGUGAUGCUCGCGGCCGACGGAAGCGAGGAAGCCCUCAACAUGGAGCCACCCUUGCCCUCGCGACGGGAGCUGCUUCCAACCCUUGGCGGUUGGGGAAAUGAAAAUUUGGUGCCUGCUAUUUUGGUUCUUCUCAUUCUGCGAGGGUCGCAUCGCGAGAUGAUCCGCGGC